GCUGUAAAUACAUUGUUGAUUCAAGAUGACAUUCAGAGCUGUGAUGUUCUAUCACCCCUGAAUCAUGUUCUCUCUCCCUCUCUGUAGAGCCAGUCGAGUAACAACAUGCAGAAACACAAAUCUUCCUCCUCCUUCACCCCGUUUAUCGACCCACGCCUCCUCCAAGUCUCUCCAUCCACUGGCAGUGCCCUCAACAAUGUCGGUUACGCAAAUGACGCCCGGCUGGCAGAGGCGCUGCGGGCCGACCCAUCUCGGAAGGGCUCCGUGGUCAACGUCAACCCGGUCAACACUCGCCCUCAGAGCGACACGCCAGAGAUCCGCAAAUACAAGAAGAGGUUCAACUCGGAGAUCCUGUGUGCCGCGCUCUGGGGAGUGAACCUAUUGGUCGGAACAGAGAGCGGGCUGAUGCUGUUGGAUCGGAGCGGUCAGGGGAAAGUUUACCCUCUUAUCAGCCGACGGCGCUUUCAGCAGAUGGACGUCCUGGAGGGACUGAACGUUCUGGUCACUAUAUCAG